CCCGGUGUUGCGUGCAUGGAUCAUAAUCCGAAGUAUGGAGCAAAACAAUGAAGGAAGCCUGGCCCAGGUCCGGCAUGUUGUGUUGGUGCUGUCAGGCAAAGGAGGAGUGGGUAAAAGCACCAUCACCACAGAGCUAGCACUGGCUCUCAGGCAUGCUGGGAAGAAGGUGGGUAUCCUGGAUGUCGACCUAUGUGGACCCAGUAUCCCCCGCAUGCUGAGCGUGGGUCGUCCUGAUGUGCACCAGUGUGACUCAGGCUGGGUGCCGGUCUACACCGAUGCACAGAAGACUCUCGCCCUUAUGUCCAUCGGCUUCCUACUAGAGGAUCCAGAUGAAGCAGUGGUGUGGAGGGGUCCCAAGAAAACAGCUAUGAUUGGUCAGUUUGUAUCAGAUGUAGCUUGGGGAGAGCUGGAUGUGUUGCUUGUGGAUACGCCACCUGGGACAUCUGAUGAGCAUAUAUCUGUUCUGGAGAACCUCAAGAAACACAGAGUGGAUGGAGCAAUUUUGGUCACCACACCUCAGGCAGUAUCUACUGGGGAUGUGAGAAGAGAGAUCACCUUCUGUAAGAAGACAGGUGUACGCAUCCUGGGCAUUGUAGAAAACAUGAGUGGCUUUGUCUGCCCACACUGCUCAGAAUGCAGCAAUAUUUUCUCAAAAGGUGGUGGUGAAGAACUGGCUAAAAUGACUGGAUCAGUUUUCCUAGGCUCUGUACCCUUGGAUCCUCUCCUCAGCACCAGUAUAGAGGACGGCAAAGACUUCAUACAGUCAUUCCCUGACAGUGCCACAUUCAGUGCAAUCAGCAGUAUUUCUCAGAUUCUACUUGACAGCCUCCAGUGUGAGCCAUAGAAUUCAUUUUUACAAAACUCUGAAUAAUGUCCACAUUUCAGCACUGUGAAAAGCAUAUUAUAAUGCAGACAUAUUAGUCAUUGUGCAGAUGUGAUUAUAUCUAUGUUGCACUUCCUGUACAGUUUAUCAUAUAAAAGCUAUUUACUAUUA